GAGAGAGGGCGAGAGAGAGAGAGAGAGCGCAGUAGGGAUAGUAUAGAUACAGAGCGCCAGUAAAGACGGCUCACAUAUGUCACGAAGCAGCCAGCAGCCUGUUGAUAUGGAUGUGUCUGACGGUCGCCACGCUUUCUGAAACAUUCGUUUCGGUCUUGUGUCCAUUUGGGUUGUCUCCUGUCCUCAGCGUCAUGUCCUCAUCCUCCCUGUGUGGAUCACAGACGGACGCAGGUGGGUGUUCGCCCCAGCGGUGGAGCCGCACAGCAGCUGCAUCUCUCCGCCACAGGCAGCCCGCCGCCUCACGCUGACGGCACAAACACGGAUGAGAGGCAGUUCUGCGACUUCCUGAUGCAUCUGUCCAGCCACCAUGCAGUGUUCUUGGAAGUCCAUGGUGCUGCUAGCAUUAGCCUCCAUAGCCAUCCAGUACACAGCUAUCCGCACCUUUUCCACCAAACCUUUACGCCUGCUGUCCUCUGUGGGCCUGGCACCCACGAGCCACAAUGUCAACUGCAGCCUCAAAGAUCUAACACGACUGGGCCAGGAGACACUUGAGGACUCAGACCAAGGCUGUGAAGAGAUCCUCUCCCACACCCUGUCCUCCCCCUCCAUCUCCCUUCCCUCUUACAAUGCUAAUGAGAGAACCCACAUCCUCAUUCUGGCCACCACACGGAGCGGAUCGUCCUUUGUGGGUCAGCUGUUCAACCAGCAUCCAGAGGUCUUCUACCUGUUUGAGCCUCUGUACCAUGUCCAGCUGGCGCUGCUGCCUCGGCUGGCGCACAGUCGAAACCUGGCUGAGAGGAGGAUGAUGCUGGGAGCGGCCAGAGAGCUGCUGAGGUCUCUGUACCACUGUCACCUAAACAGUCUGGAGAGUUACAUUCGACCCCGUCCUGCCAACCACUUCACUGACAAGCUGUUCAGAAGAGGAGCCAGCAGGUCUCUGUGCUCUCCCCCUGUUUGUGAGGCUCCUUUGAGCCAAGAAGGGCAGAGCCUGGUGCUGGGUGAUGAGGGGGAGUGUGUGAGGAGGUGUGGGCCACUCAAUAUGUCGCUGGCUGCUGAUGCGUGUAGAGCAAAGCGCUAUGCAGCUAUCAAGACUGUCCGGAUUCCCCAAAUCAGUGACCUCAGAGCACUGAUGGAGGACCCAAAACUCAACCUGAAGGUGGUCCAGCUUGUUCGGGAUCCACGGGGCAUCCUUGCGUCUCGUAUUGAGACAUUUCGAGACACUUACCGUCUGUGGCGUCUGUGGAGAGCAACGGGGCGUCGACCCCACAACCUGGACCUGGGGCAGAUCAACACAGUAUGUGAGGACUUCCUCAGAUCUGUGUCCAUGGCCUUGGCUAGACCUGCCUGGCUCAGGGGUCGGUACAUCCUGCUCAGAUAUGAAGACUUGGCCAGGUUUCCUCUCAAGAAAACCAGGGAGCUCUACAACUUCCUAGGUCUGUUUAUGGACCACAGCGUGGAAGAUUGGAUCAUCUCCAACACCCGGGGCAGCAGUGAUCUGUCAUCCCGGCAGAAGUUCACCACAGUUCGGGACUCUGCUGCUAAUGCGGAGAACUGGAGAGUGAAGCUGUCCUUUGACAUGGUGGUCUACACUCAGACUGCCUGCCAACCUCUUCUUGACCUCCUUGGAUAUAAGACAGUUUUUCACCCCAGAGAACUGAGAAACCUCUCGCACUCUUUGGUGGAGGACAGGACGUUCCUGCCAUUUUAGAAGUAGUUUUUGAUGCAGAGGUUAUAAUAGUGAAAGCUGUCUGACCAACUGAUGUGGAUAUGUCUGUCUGUGGUGGAAAAAGACUGUGUCCAUCCACUUGUUUAUCUAUCUAUCUAUCUAUCUAUCUAUCUAUCUAUCUAUCUAUCUAUCUAUCUAUCUGCCUAUCUAUCUAUCUAUCUAUCUAUCUAUCUAUCUAUCUAUCUGUCUCUGUCUAUCUGUCUAUCUCUCCUCCAGCUUUUCCCUGAAAUACCAUUUGACACAUUUAAGCCACAUUACAGUAAAUUCAACUAAGACUUCAUAAUUUGCAGCUACAGUAUGUACAUUUAUGUUCUACCUACAUAAUUUGUUACAGCUUCAUGGACUUUUUGACAUUUGAUAGUGUAUGGCUGCCACCACAACAAAGUGUUUUCUCACUUUCACAUCAUAAUAAUGGAAAAAAACUUAUUACAGAUACCUGUAUUAAGGAGGAAAUUUAAAAAUUACACAAACAUAGUGUGUGUGUGUGUGUGUGUAAUAAUGGCAUAUUUUAUGUUAUUACUCCGUGACAAAUUAUUGUGUUAACAAAAUGCAACUUUUGUUUUUGUAACUACACAUAAUUCUGUCUUGUUACAUCAGGAAACUUCCGGGUUGCUAAAGAAAAUCAAACUGAUUAACACUUGCACUUUCUCUUGUUUGUUGUUUUUUGUUUUUCUCUGCAGCUGCAGACUCAGUGAACUGACACAACUGGCGCCUACUGUCACCACAGACCAAGAUUUAUUCCCCUGCGUGGUUACUGAUUGGUUAUCUCAUUGUUGAAUUGGCCAUGAAUUGAUGAAAGAUGUUAUGAUUUGUUGUGCAGCUGUGGAUUUUUCUUUGUAGAAUUAAACCUGUUUGGGUUUCCCUGAUCACAGAUCAGCCUAACCCUCAUCUUUCAUGUCUUUGUUCACAUUCUUACACAGCAUUUAAAUCAACUCUUUUUGAUACUAACGCCUUGUUUCAUUCAAAGCACGACAUAAAAUUCUAUCAAAUAAAAAUAAAACAUCUUCUCUUUA